AUGGCGGCCAUGGCUAGCACCAUGCCUGCCAGGCUCGACUUGGAUGCCCUAGUUCAGUCCCUUCCUGCGUGCAAACGCUGCCGAGACUGUCGUCGCGGCUGCGACACGCUGUUGCCCAAGUGCAGGCAAUGCACCAAAGCGGGCGUCGAGUGCAUGUUCUAUGACCACGGGCGCAACGAACUGCUGCCCCGAAGCUAUAUAUCCGACUUGGUGGACCACGUGCGGCGGAUCGAGGGCCGAAUGCACCCUUCCCCAGCUACGUCAGGAAUACUCACACAGGAUGCAACCCUGGCCUCGCAAAUCGAGGCCGACCUCAUCGCUUCCGAAAGCACGCUUUACUACGAGCACCACUUCGCCUACGCUGGCGAAAGCUACCGCUACUUGGGUUCAGAAUCCUGUCUUCUAAAGUCCCCUAGACUACACGCUGCCAAGGGGCGUUCGCCGUUUGAGAGUAGCGAGGAAGACGAUGACUGGCAACUGUCGAGCAAGGAGUCACCAGCAAAGCAAUAUGAACUUCUGGAGCUGUUUCUUGAAACCAUCCAACCCGUGUACCCCAUCCUGGAUCCAUCGCUGCGCUACCUUGGCCGAGAAGUACCGUCCGACCUCACGCCCACGGAACAAUUCGCUUUGUACAUGAUCUACUCCAUCUCGUGUUACGUCCUUCCCAACACGGGCCGGAGGAGAAAUGCAGAGCAGAUUUGGAACCCAACCGGGAGACUCUCGUAUCAUCAAGCUAACUCGAUCAAAUACCGAGCUCUGGCAACCCAGUAUUUCGAAAAGGCCAUGGAGCACCUCGAGGCAGCAACAGUGGAGCCAACAAUAGACACACUCCGAUCCGUCCUUUUGCUAGUCAUCAACAGCUCAUUCGAUCCCAAGUCAGGAAACUUCGGCCAGCAGGUAGCUCUCGCCGCUCGCCUUGCCUUCGAUCUGGAGUCAAAAAGAGAAUUACAGGAGCUGGAGCCAAAGGAUGUCGAAUCGCUUCGGACUAUGCAUAUGACCAUUUUCAGUCUCGAGAAUCAAGUUGCGUCUACGCUAGACAGACCUGCUCUGUUCCCAGAACCGGAAUCAGCAAUAUGUUUCGAUAAAUCAAAGCCAGCCGACUACAUGUGCUCAUUGUUUCGCCUGCAAAAUCGCUUUCGCAAAGGCGAUCACGUCACCAAAGAAAACGUGAAAAAACUCUUGCCACUGUUAGAUGAGAAGGCCGAAUUACUACCCAUUGUUCGCAUCGUGCUGCACAUGACGCAUCUUCUUCUCAAUCCUUGUUGGGGAAGUGCGUGGCACGUCCUCGAAGCUGUUGUUAGCUUAGGGGGCAUCCAUGUCUUUGUGACGCCACACUGGGUAUAUCGAGCAGGAACAGUCCUCAUCCAAAACAUCCCCGCCAUCUUUGGUGGCAACCUCAUUCAACUAUACUCCAACGCACUCCUCGUCCUGGAAUUGUCUUCCUGGAAAUGGCCGAGCUCCGCUGCCCUGUCUGCUUCGCUCAUCGACCUCAUGGCCCAUAUGAAAACGAAGUUCAGACCGGAUUGGUCCGACAAACUUCAGCAAGGAGACGUAAGAAUAUGA